CCAAAGGCUAAAACGAAAAAGGUUGCACCCCCACCUUUUACUGUAAAGAAAAAAGACGGGGGAAAAGCUUCCAAAAAUCCAUUAUUUGAGAAGAAACCUCGCAAUUUUGGGAUUGGCCAAGAUAUACAACCAAAGCGUGAUUUGACUCGUUUUGUAAAAUGGCCCGAGUAUGUUAUUUUACAAAGACAGCGAAAAGUCCUCAAUCUACGUCUCAAGGUUCCUCCAGCCAUUAACCAAUUUACUAAGGUUUUGGACAAGCCUACCGCUACCAAUGCCUUUAAAUUGUUAAACAAGUAUCGUCCAGAAACCAAGAUUGAGAAAAAAGAUCGUGUGCGUGCCAUCGCUGCUGCGAAAGCUGAGGGUAAAGAAUAUAAGACCAAGAAACCGUGUGUCGUCAAAUAUGGCAUUAACCACGUUACUGCUCUCGUUGAAGCCAAGAAAGCACAAUUGGUGUUGAUCGCCCAUGAUGUCGAUCCCAUUGAACUCGUUCUUUGGUUACCUGCGCUCUGUCGUAAAAUGCAAGUUCCUUAUGCAAUAAUUAAGAGUAAGUCUCGUUUAGGAACUGUGGUGCAUAAGAAAACUGCAACUGCCUUGGCUAUAGUUGAUAUUCGUGAUGAAGAUAAAAGUGCGCUAGCAAACUUGAUUAAUGGAAUCAAAAUCAAUUAUAAUGAUAAGUAUGAAGAAGCUAAAAGGCACUGGGGUGGUGGUAUUAUGGGUGCCAAGUCUCAAGCUAUGAUGGCUAAGAGGGAGAAAAUUGCUGGCAAGGAGAUUAAAAAACUUGAGUAA